GAGCUUAGUUUGUAGAUGUGAGUGUAUGUGUUUGUUCUCUCUCAGCUCCGAAAUGUGUUCAGCAGCUUUACUUCAGAGGCGCACUGCUCCCCGCACUAACCCCUCUCCACCGCUAGAUGGCGACAAAUAGAGACGUCCGUGCAUCCAUGUCAGUGAUGGUGUGUGAUUAUCCCGCACACCAUCGUUACACUGUGGUCUUCUUGCUCAACAACCAUGACAUCUGAGCGGGUGUAAGACGGACAGAAGAUGAACACUGAUGACAAGUUGGAUGGCAUGCUGCUGAAGUGCAGCAGCGGAGGGAUAGAUGGAGGAGGGCGAAUCGGUCUGGCCAGCGGAGGAGGACUGGUGGUGAUGACCCUGGGUGAACGGUCACUGGCGAACCACCCUCUCUUGGCCGAGGACGACGACGAUGAUGAAGAUGACGAGGAGGACUUGACCGGGACCUCGCUGGUCACUCACGACCUUGUCCCACCAGAGCAGCUGAUGAUGCAGGAGGAGAUGACAAAGAAUGGUGGUGUUGGCGGAGGAGAAGAGGAGGAGGGAGGAGGCGAGGUGGGAGUGCAUUUCCCCCUAAAACUCACCAAUAAGUUGCCAUGCUUGCUUCAUAUGCCAAUGAGCAUCAAGCAGGAAGGGAAGCUGUCUGAACCAGCUGUCCAGAUAAAGAAGGACAAGAAAGCAGCUAAGGACCUGCUGGUGUGUCCCAAGAAGAAGAAAAGGAAGCAGCAUUCACCAGCAAAGAUUCUCAGCAUUAAUGACGACGAAUCAUUGGGCAUACAGAAUCCCAAGUGUCACAUCUGUGGUCACUGUAAUGCUGCGUUCAGAACCAACUAUCAUCUACAGAGGCACGUCUUCAUUCACACUGGUGAAAAGCCAUUUCAGUGCAGCCAGUGUGACAUGCGCUUCAUUCAGAAAUAUCUCCUCCAGAGACAUGAGAAGAUCCACACUGGUGAAAAGCCUUUUCGCUGUGAUGAGUGUGGGAUGAGAUUCAUCCAGAAGUAUCACAUGGAGCGACACAAGAGGACUCACAGUGGAGAGAAGCCCUACCAAUGUGACUACUGUCACCAGUACUUCUCCAGAACAGACCGGGUUUUAAAGCACAGGAGAAUGUGUCACGAGAACAGAGAGAGAAAGAGCAACAAGGCUGCUGGAAAAGUCGGAGCUUCCCGUGAAGAAGAUUCUUUAGGCCUCCCUGUGCUUGCCAAAGAGUGUUCACUGCCCAAGAAAAAGCGCCAGAAGUGUGCAGACAAGAGCUCAGGGGCUUCCUCCACUGUCCAGACGGAAGGUCACAUCAUCGCUGUUGUAGAAACGGAGGAGAAGGAGGAGCAGAGACAGAAAAAAAUUGAAGAUCUACCUCUCUAUGCUGUGUCCUCCAAAGUCAAACAUGAGUAUGUGAUUGCUGACUACUCAGUGGGGUUUCCUGAAGAAACAGCCAGCCACCACCAGGAAGAAGACGUGUCAUCAGAGGAGACGACUCCUCCUAAGCUCGUUCUGAAGAAGGUCCCCAAGAGGAGUCUUAAACAGCCCAGUGAACAGACUCCUCCGUGUCUGUCCACGUUGUCCUCCUUUGAGGAAAAUACCAAGGUCACACAGUAUACUUUUGAAAUCGUGGACAAACAAGGCCUGUUAGAAAUAGAAAGCAACACUGAACUGGAGUCAGUGGAAACGCUUCAAGGUGGACCAGCGAAGCCAGCAGCCAGCAGCACAAACUACGACGACGCCAUGCAGUUCCUCAAGAAGAAACGUUACCUUCAGGCUGCGAUGGCCAACAACAGUCGGGAUUAUGGCCUGAACACAAGCAGCAUCUCCUCCCAGCCGCCUGUUACUCAAACCGUGGUGUCAGCAGUCAUUGACGAAACUGUUCCUGUCACCAUUCUCGAGUCGCAGCCAACCAACGCAGAGAUCAAGGCAGCUCACGACAAGAGCGUGCUGCCAGAUGAGGUUCUCCAGACGCUGUUGGAGCAUUACUCCAACAAAGCUAACGGGCAGUCAGACAUUUCCUUUAGCGUAGCAGACACGGAGGUGACGUCAAGCAUAUCCAUCAAUUCCUCCGACGUAUCGGACAGCAGCCCCGUUGAGAGUGUCGGAGCCUCCAGCGCCCAGGCUCCACCCGCUACCGAGAAGGUCAGCCUCCUCCAAGAAUACUCCAAGUUUCUCCAACAAGCUCUGGAGAGGACCAGCCAGAACGACACCUACCUGACCAGCCAGAGCCUCAGCCUGGUCUCUGAAAGCCCCACGUUAGCCGGACAGCCUCUAUUCUCCACAGAGAAACAGUUUCCUUCCCCCAGCAGGUUCAAAUCAGGGAUGAGCUCCCCACUGAGGUCCACUUUAGACAAACCUCACUUUGGAUUACUGGUCGGGGACACCCAGCACUCGUUUUCAUUUUCAGGUGAUGAAACCACCCCUCCCUCCGCAGUGUCCCCCGCUGAGGAGGACUUUCUGGAGCAGGUCUCGCCCACUAAAAAGACAGAGUCCUCACCGGGAAUACUGCAGACGUUUCAGAUAAGCUCCUUCGAUCAGAACUUCAAAACUCACUUCCAGACAUCGAGAUCUGGAGCCUCCUCACAGUUUACUGUAACCAACGGACAAGUAAGUCUCCGGGGACACAGCACGGACUUCACAGAGUUCCCCUUAGUAAGAGUCACUGAGACCAGAUCUCAAAUGAACUCCUCCCCAGACGUUUCAUCCAGUGAAACCUUUGGCUGAAGGGACGGGGGGGGGGGGGGGUCGUCGUCAUUCAUUUCUGUCAAUAAUUUCGGCUGCACUUUAUCUCAUGUCUCCUGUUUUGCCAAAACAAGUCCUGUUGUAAACGAGUGCUCUUUCUCAAAGCAUUUUAUCAGAAAACGUAUUCAUAAUCAUUUUUUGGGGUAAUUUCAACCUUAACUGAAUGGAAGUACUGACAAUGAAUUAAUCACAAGCAUUUCCCCUUUAAAAAAGUGACUUCUAAUCAUUUGUGGGUAUAGUUCUCGCUCCAGAAUGUACAGAUAAGGUGACCAAAGUGUAAAGAGUGAGGAAAUAAUAUAACAAUAGCAAAUUAUUCUCUCAUACCUUUGCCAUAGAGUUUAUUUUGAAUGUUUUUAUUUGUCAAUCAGUUUGCCUUUGCGCAAAAGAUGAUCAAAUCAAUUUUGCUGCUUAAUGCAAUAUUUCCACUAUUUAAAAUGUAGGCCCUAUUUAAGUAUGCCUUUCUGCUCUUUCUGUAGCUACCUCCCCCGAGCUGUGAAUGUGGUUAAAUCUAAGUUCACUAUGACGCCAGGGCCUCACUGGAUGCGUGAGCGUUGCGUGCAUGUUGCAGUUUGUCUUGCUUCUCAUUUGUGCGCCUGUUUCAUCAGAUAAGAGCAGCCACACUUGUCUGUGCUGUUCUUUUAGAGAUUUUGGGUCUCACCAGUUUUCUCUACCGCACUUGGUUCACAGCAAAAUAGAAAGUGAAAAUGAUCUUUCACCACAGUUUCAAUGUUUAACUGUUGAAUAUGUCGCAAGCAGAUAUUUGCAAAACUGUACCUGUUCCAAGGUAAAAGCAUUUAUUGUUAUUAUAGGACCAGGUCCACAACUUCCCUACUGUAGACUCCUGGCAUUUAGUUGAGCACAUAGCCUAUAUAUUAUUAAUAUAUAUAUAUAUACACACACACAAAACAAACACCUGUGUGAACAUCAGAAGCGAGCGAAACGCAGCCGAUCAGUGAUGCAUCUGUCGCACACUGCACACGCACUUAGUGUGGCCCAGGCUUGGGAACUCCUGUUUAACUGCUCAUUAAAAUGAAACCAUCAUCAGAGAUUAUUGACUAUAUGUCUUUUUAAACUCGCCUGUGUUUCUACACAAUGCGUGUAAAUAUUGAAGUGACAAUGUUUGUCAGAUCUGAUGCUCAUUCACAGAUGGGACCUAAUUUGGUUUAUGUGAUGUCCCAAAAAAAUAGAAAUUCUCAGUCAUGAAUUGUUUAACAUUCAUGGCUGAAUUUCUAGGCAGUGACUUACAAAUAUAAGUCCAGUGCAGUAUGAACUGUGCAAUAUAAAAAAGACUGGGCUGAAUUAGAUCUGAAAGAUUGUAUUUCCCCCCCAAAAAGCUGCACGCAUGUAAUGACUGCAGGAUAAUUCUUCUUUUCUCUUGGUUUAAGGGAGUAGUUGUGAAAUCAGGAUUGUGCUUAAUGUUUGCACAACUUGCACAUUCUUCACUACAAGGGAUGGAGUACUUAUUUCACAGUGGAUGAGUUGCAUUAUACCUUUAUUUAAAAAGGCAAAACCUGAGAUUUCUAACAUCAACCACUUAUAGUGAAAGCCCCUGUGUCAGAUUUACAUUAUGAUCAUCUUUGCUUUAGUGACUUAGCUGCAGUUAGAUUUCUUGUUCUUAUCAGAGCUUGCACAGGUUUCUGGGGAACAAAACAACCACGACGAGAACCCUUUCUUUUCAUUGAAGGUCAAAGGAAACAAGGAUAUUGGUUUUCCAGUUUCAUCAGUUUUGUAUUCGUGCCUUUCUUUCUUUUUCUUUUCGCAUUCUUUUACAUGCAUUUCUCUCCCGAUGUUCUAAAGUUACUAAUUCAACUUGCACAAUAACAACACACAUAAGCUAUAUCAACCUGUUCAGUCUGUGAUACGUUGAGAUGUGGGAGCUUUGUCUCAUUUUGCCCAUCAUAGACUUUAAGCAAGAAAUAGCACAGAGUCAAACCAUUAUCUGUAGUCAGAAGGAAUAUGCAUUCUCAUGUACCAUGCUUCGGUUUGUCCAUAUGAGUUAUGUUAUAGAUAGAUAUUCGUAGUUUUGAUAAUAAGCUCAUAAGCCACGUCUGUCUAUAGGCCUUGUUUUAAAUAUGGUUGAGUGAGGUCUCUUCUGUACUUUAUCGCACUGUUGACUGUAUUCCAUGUGUACAUGUUUGUGUAACGUCUUAGGUGCUAUUGUGUUGAUCACUGUACCAUCCAAAUUUAAGUUCACUCCCUUUCCCCUCGAGCUCCCUCUUGUUAACGUUUCUGCUGACAAUCAGGGACAGACAUACGACAGACAUAGACGCCGAUUCUGUGGGUGAUCCGGGCCACGUGUGCCAGUGUUCAGUUAAAUUGGCAUUGAUUUAAUACUAAACGUAGGACUGAUUAACAAACUAGCAAGGACAGGCUACCCUUUGACAAAAAUGCAACGAUACAUCCCACCCCCUCCCAUUGGCUCCCUCGACAAAGCUACGCCUCCAAAACAAAUGAACGUGCACUGACUGACAACUGCUAGAAUCCGACUUUUUCGCGACUUGCUCCCUAACUUCCGCCUAUCGUCUCUGCUUCAGCUGUGUGUCUCCGUCUGAAGACUCCAGUCAUGCGCAAUCAGAGCACAGGCAGGGUGCACACAUGCACGCAGGUUGGGUAGUGACAGACAGGUGCACUAGCGAAUCAUUUCAUUCAUCCAAAUUAAAUGAUUGGUUUUGUUUAACACAGUUCUGUGAGGGCCACAGACACCAGCUCUUCGUGAUCAGGAUUUCAACAACUAGAAAGAAAAGUGUUUCAGAAACAACUGACCCAACUCUCCCUUUAAACUUCACGGAUGGUGCAACAACUGGAGGGAGCACACGUCUGCGAUUGCUUGCUUCUCUGUCAGUGUCCUGCUCGAAACCCUAAUCACCAAUCUUUUUCCAAAACCACAAUUCAUGUCAGCUAUGGUUUUUUCAUUAGCUGUGUUUUAGGACGUGGGGGUCGGGUCGGCGCAUUUAACUGUUUCGAGCAUCCACUGGCUGCGACAUAAAUUGACGCCUAUGCAGAAAAGCACCCGCAUUAAUCCCGAGAUACUUUAUUAUUGAACAUUCCCUCUAGAAUGUGUAGACAAUAUUCUGCUGUAAAUACAUUGUAUAUUUUUACGUUCUGAGAAGUACUGUUAGAUCUCUGUGUCGGUCGCGAGACAAGGCUCAUGCAAGCGACACUUUUUGUCAGCGAGAGGCACAUUUAUUCGUUUUCAGCAUUCAAACUGCGUGUUCCUGAGGUUUGUGUGUAAACAAUGUUAGUAGAAGAAAAUUGACACUUUUACGGUUUUAUUGGUGAUAAAAUUGUUUGGGAAGUUAAUGCAGUUGAUUGUGCAUUAUGAUGUUUUUUUUACUGUACACACCUGUAUGUAGAAAAGCACCCUGAAUGGAAUACUCCACCUAAAAUCAGCAUUUUAGUAUUCAACCUCAGCAGCUGUGAGCAGCUUAUGUUAGUUCAAGUAGAUUUUGGGUGGAAUAUUACGCAAAAAAUUCUCUCUCAGUGGGUGAAAAAUUCCUUUACCUCCCCGUUUCACUGAAAGCAAUUUUUAAAAGCACAUUGCAGAUGAUUAAUUCUGUUUUGGGAAAUUGUAAAAAAAUGUUAAAAUGUUCAUUUUGAAUUCAGUUUUAAAAAAACAGUUGACUGUGAUUCAUGACAGUAACCUGGCCAUAAGUGUCCUUGUAUAAAGCUAGAGAAAAAAAGUUUGUCUAAAAAGGAAAAAAGAUCUGAAGUAUGAAUUUUUUGAUAAAAAGUAUUUUUGAAACACGUCAUCUAUUGCUCCCCUCGUUUUCUCUCCGUUGAAGUCCUUUGUGUCAAGAUGUUUCAAACAGGAUGGAGCGUGAACCUGAACAGACGUUUUCCUACUUUUAACAAACUCUGACGAGGAAGCCUCAAGUUAGACAGUGAGGUUUUUUUGCAUGGUCUCUAACUUGUCGGGUCGAGUGAACUUGUUUUGUUUUUUUUUUAUAAUGUGCAGCUUUAAUUGUAACUGGUAAAUUUCAGUCAAGUAACCCCAUAUGAUUAGAUCUUUUUGCAAUAUGUUAUGAUUUGUAAACAAUCAGAUUAAAUUGUUGUUUUGAUUGUUGUGUGUCAUGUCCUUAUAAAUAAAAAUGAU